AUGAACCCCGUCAGUGUUGGGGAGUACCAUGGGCUGAGGGUGGGCUCGUCACUGCUUAGUAUAAUCGCCGGCUGCGUCAUGAUCGGGAUUUCCAGGGAGUGUGACGCUGAUGCUGUUGGGGGCAUCUUUCUGGGGGCAGGAGGACUUGGUCUCCUCAUAUCCAUUUACCCCUUUGUGAAAGCAUGGCUCAACAUCAACCAUAUUCUACCAUCUUUCGGAAACCGAGUGCAUCCAACUGCUCCUAACCCCAUCCCAGAGCAAACUAUCGAUGCAUUAAAACGUGACGGAACUCAAAGUCAGCUGAAUAUGGAACGUUCUAAGAGUCGAAUGGGGACGUUCAUGGAAGGAGGACGUCCAGGGGAGAAUCCGGAUGAAGGAACAUCUUCAGACAUGCCAGAUGUGUUAGCUAGACGUCAGUUCAAGCAGUCACCUUCUGAACAAGACUUACCAUGA